GCCGCUGGAUCAUCAAAAUCAUCGAAGGGUGCGGUCUCAUUUGAUAUUUUCCACAACGGACAACCUGUUGAGGCAGUCGUCGUUGGGACCAAGAUCACGUUGUCAUUCACUCCUCUUUAUGCCAUUCCGCCGGAUUAUAUGUCGGUCCAGGAGUGUCAGGUAGAACCGAUCGAUUCAAAGUACGAAUGGGAACGAGAACCUCUGCCUAUUAUUCGUGAAGGUUGCCAGGCUGAUCUCGUAGGACUAGUUUGUCCGCCUAAGCGAUCGGAGUACGGCGUAAAGAUCACUGUAGAGUCAUUCCGUUAUCAGAGCACACCUCAUGUACAGUACUCGUGCCUUGUGCGCAUUUGUCCGUUUGCGCCGUGUCCAAGUACAAAAUGUCCACCGGUCGAAGGCUGCCCAUCAGACAAGCGUGUUGCACGUGGUUUGAGUCUUGAAGAAAUCCGUCGUGCGUUAGAAGCAGAUCCCAAACUUGCAAGUCAAAUUGGGAUCCCACCACACAUGCUAGCAAAUCGACCUGGACACAGUGUGGAGCACCAACUUCUGGCACUGGGCGGUGAACAUACCGUAAAGCGGCGUCUGGUUGUGGUGAAUUCAGAAGAUCAACUUCGAUACUACGUUCGAACCGGAGACUUGAUG